AUGGCAGACCCCGUCCUUACAAUCCACCACCUGCGCCUCUCCCAGUCCGAACGCGUGAUCUGGCUCUGCGAAGAACUCGGCCUCCCUUAUACCCUCAAGGCGUACGAUCGUGAUCCCGAAACAUCCGCCGCCCCGGCCUCCUACAAGGCUCUCCACCCCACCGGCACAGCGCCCGUCAUCACGGACGGCGAUAUUGUCCUCGGCGAAACAAAUGCAAUUGUCGAGUACAUCCUCGCCAAAGCGAACCAGCGCGGUGGCGAUGACAACAACGUCAAUGAUCUGGCCCUCCCGCCGAACCACCCCAACUACGCCCCGUAUCUCUUCUGGCUACAUCACGCCAACGGCUCACUGCAGCCCGCUCUCAACGGCCUCCUGUUCAGCCACAUGCAGCGUCAGAUAGACUCGGGCGCCGCCUCCAGCACAACCGUAACCAACCCCAACGCAGACAUUCCAUCCGUCUCGACAAUCAACCAAGCGCGCCUAAACCUCGCCCUCUCAGCAAUGGAAACCCAACUUUCCCAGAGCUCUUACCUCGCAGGCGCCCAGUUCACAGCUGCGGACUGCAUGGCACUGUUCCCGCUCACGACCUUCCGUCUGUUUUUGCCGUAA